GCCUGUUUUCGCGUAGCGUGUUGUGUAGUCCUUUAUAAACCGUACGCGGUUAGAGUAGGGAUGAAAAUGCAUGGAAAUUUUAUGUUCGUUAUUACUCAUUCAUGAAUGCAUUGUUACAUUGAUUUCAUGCAUUCUAAUUUAAAAAAAAAUAACAAUAUUUUAAAUUACCUGUGAUAUUGUUAAAAAGAAUAAUCUUUUUUAAAAUAUAUUUGUGUUUACGUAUUACUUACAUCAGGUAAUUAAGAUGUCAGAACAAUUUGUGGGCUGCACAGUUUCUGUAAAAUGUAUUGAAGAACUUGGAACGUAUCAGGGACAAAUAGUUGAUUUAAACAAAGAUUAUGUUACACUUUCAAAAGCUUUUUGUAACGGAGUACCUCACUCCUCAUCUGUUGUUGUUUUAAGUACAAAGGACAUUUUAAAUGUAGAAAUUAUAUCGAUCAAUGAGACAGGAUCUAAUGCAAAUGAUAAUAAUCAAACACAAAAUAAGGUAACUGUGAAAAGACCUAUUGCUAAACGGGCUGGAAGGUCUUUUUCAGAAAGUGUGCCAUCAUCUACACAAACAACGUCAUCCCAAACACAACCUAAUUUUAAAAAACCUGACGCUAAUGUUCAGUGUUCUACAGAGCAAACUGCCAAUGGAAAAGUUUUAUUAGCUGAAUCUGCUGGUAAACCAAUACAAAAAAGACUGAGUCACAGACAAAGAGUUUUAGAACGAGAUGAGCAUACAUUUGGUACACCAAUUGAUGAAUCUUUAAAUCAGGAUUUUGAUUUUGAGAAGAAUUUGGCAUUAUUUAAUAAAGAGGCUAUAUGGCAAGAAAUAAAUUCUUUGAAACCUGAUAUGGUCAGGCAGUCUGAAAAUAAUAGGGGUACUACUGGAAGAUAUAGACACGAUGAAAAUAUUAUUGUUGCUGAACCUGCAGUCUUUAGACAAAUAACGGUUCCAAGUGCUGAUGAAAAAGAAUACGUAACAGAUAAUGGCUUAGUAAUUCCCAGCAUAACACUUAAUCUUCAUCGUCAAUUAAUGGGAGCAGCAGAUCGUUUUGGAAUCAGUUGGGAACGUAGAGUGGAACUCCUUGGUCGUGCUGGUGCAGAAAUUAUUUUGCAACUAUUAGGUGGAAGCCAUAGAUUAAAUCCAAAUAAUGCACAUCAAUGGCCAACAGUUGUUGCCCUUUGUGGACCUCAUCGUUCUGGUGCUGCUGGUGUCAAUUGUGCUAGGCAAUUGUCUAGUCAUGGUGUUAAAACAAUAGUGUUUGUAGAAAAUUCUGAAGAUGUUUCCCUUUUGCAAGAAUUAUCUUUAUACAAAUUGACUGGAAAUAAGGUAGAAACUAAAGUUAAAAAUUUACCACCAGUGGUAGAUUUAAUACUUGUAUCACUUUGUGACGAAAACUCUCCAAGAAUGAUUACACCUAUAGCAAGAUGGGCAAAUAGUAAUAGGGCACCUAUUUUAGCUAUUGAACCACCAGCCACAGGCACACCAGGCAUUCUUAGUAAAUUUAGUUUGCUUGGUGGAUUACCAAUGUCUCAUAGUGUUGAUAAUGGCAGAUUAUAUUUAUGUAAUCUUGCCCUACCGAACAAAGUAUAUGCAGAUGUUGGUAUAACAUACAGGUCGCCUUUUGGACCCAAAUUUGUCAUUCCUUUGCAUUCCAAUAAUUCUUAGCAAAUUUAUACAGAGGACGAUGCUUCUAAUAAAAUAUUUUAAUUUCCUGUAACUUUAAUUUUAAGCCUAGCAUCUAUGAAAUAAUACUUUUGCAAGCGGAUUGUCCGAAUUUAUUUAUAUAACAAUAUCGCAU